CUACUCUUACAAUCCCAUUUCUGGGAAGUAAAUAUGUGAUAAGUCCUGAAAAAUGUAGGCAAUAAUAUUGUGACGAUCAUAGAGUUGAAUAGCAUUAAGGACAAAACAUUAUGCUGCAUAUCAAACGGUCUUGUCAGCAACGGAUAAAUAAGCUUUAUACUUAAAUGACACUUGACAAAACAGAAAGUCAUGAAGCGGAACACUACACACACCACAGCAGGUAUGUGUACAGUGAGCCAUCAUGUCCAAGCGGAUGUACCACCCAUGUCAUAAACUGAGUGUACCAUCCGCAAAACUAUUCUGGUGCCGACAUUGUAUGCAGAUGUUUGAAGAUGCCAUCUCUCGUUGGAAACACAGCAAAAAAUGUCACGCAAGUCCCGGAUAUAAACAGAAAGAUCAAGACGCAAGGGUUGUACAACUAUAUGUAAAACCUGAUAAAGUUUCUUACACCUCAAAUGUAACUCCUGGACAAACUGUUUAUCAUAAACCACAUGUGAAAAAGACAUCCGCUGACUUGAAAUGUGUUAUUUGUGGCACCAAAUUUUAUUCCCUCUAUGAUAUGCGAAAACAUGUAAAAGAGCCUUGUCAAAAAUCAGACAACAGUGUUGCUAAUACACAUAUUGAACUAAGUGAUACAGAAGACGAUAGCGAGUCAUUUUCCAGUUUGAAAAUACGUCGCGUAGAAGCUGAAGAGGAAGACAAAUCGAGUGUGGAAACAGCUUUAUCUGUGUUGGCGGAAGCUUCAAAACACGUAGAAUCUCUGUCACAUGCUGGAGAAGUGAUACUUGAGCAGGUUAUUGAAGAAGUUCCGCAGAUCCUUGAACGUUUAUCGCAGCCUGUAGGCAACAGCUGUGCAUGGUAUGAUUUAGCGAAUCAAGUCACAGAAGAAAAUAAACAACAACAACAACAGCAGCAACAGGUCAAGGAAGUUGUUGUUGCAUAUCCAAGGCCACAAGUGAGGCCUGAGUUUGGCACUGUUGUUGUAGCGCUGCAGUCAGAGGACGGGAACCAGCUUCUGCAGGACUCAAUAGAUCUAGAAACCAUACAGGAGUGUGUCAAAGAUACUGCUAGUACAUUUCCUAUUGGUCAGAUUAUUCAAAUCCAGCUAGAGAACUCGGACAAGUAUCGGCACUUCGUUGUGGGAUAUCAAGGUAUUAUCUGGCCAAUAGAAGAAAACUCGUUGAUUGCUGCCACAGAUCGCCAGGAACACACACAGAACACUGUUCUUAGUCAUAAAGUGUCGCCAACAUUUCCUGCUCCAGAAAACGAGCAGGAACCUAAUCUCAACCUGCCAACAUCAUCCUUAACACAAAUCUUGACAAACACUGCACAAAAUAGUUCCAUAGAAGGUGCAGGCGAACUUAAAUUUCAACUAGUCAAUGCACCACUGGUUGAUGCCACUACUGUAUUUUCCCAGGAAGUUGUAGUAGCAAGUGAAGAAACUGUUCAGCAAGGAGAAGCAACAAAAUACAGGGAGGAGUCUUGCAUAAAUUCAGUUUGUACAGAAGAUAAUAAUAGCUUGGUACUGAAAGAAAGUAGUACACAGAGUGUACCAAACAAUUUGCCAACUUUUCCUCCUGGUCAAAAUUUUGAGAACUUGUUCCAAGUGCCUUUAGUACAUAAUCAGGCACAUCUAGUUGAAAGUAAUCAAGAGAGAAGUGCAAUUUCAGAACAGCCCAGUGUGCAAGGAACAUUUUCUGUGGGACAGACUGCCAUACAGGAAGUGCAGACAUUUCCUUCACAAUCCAGUAGUGAGUCUCUGGUAGAAGCUUUACUAAGGGGAAGUGUGGUUAUUUCCCAACCCACAGCUGUUCAGAAUCAGACAGAGAUUGCAGUGGUAGAGAUUACUGACCAACACUUGAGAGAUUUGUCAAAUCAGGACCUUUUGAAAACCUACGGACAAAAUCCACAAUGGCCAGUGGAGAACAUGUAGUGGAAGAUCUGUUUGGAUUUGCUGAGCUUACUGGAGAAACAGUUUCACCAGCAAUAGAUGCCACAAACAAGAACCAUUUGAUUGUUGAUAAAAAACCUGAAGAAUCAACAAAAUUCCAUUUUGAAAAAGAAAAAAUUAAGAGAGAUA